AUUUGCAUAAUGCAAAUCGUGUUGCGAUGCAUCGAUUACAAUUUCUCGGUACUCGAAAAUCAAUCUUAAAUGAAACAAAAAAUGACUCCCCGCGUAGUUAUUGUCUACGUUUUGGCUUAUUAUAUAAAUAACAAGUGCAAAAAUAGAACAUAAAGUUACGAUCUUCCCUGGUAUAUAAGUCACUUCAUUGUUAUUAAUUUUUCGAGUACCGACAAUGAAAUGAAACAAGCUACUUUUAUUAACACUAAUAGAAAUUUCCUUCCAUUAGUUAGAGGUUCAACUUGGGUAAUUAUAUCGCAGCGCUCUAUUUAACCUUUGGAAUCCGAUUUUUUGUUAUCAUAACGAUUAUUACUUUUUUAUCUCAUUUCUAUUGUCAUGGAAAUUCAGAAUAUAAAAGAUUUAAUCGGGCCACUUCUAAAAGGUAACAAGAAGUAUUUAUCUCACGAACAAGAAAAAUUAUUGCAAGUCGGCGAAAAUUAUGGUAGUGUAAUUUUAAAACUUGUGGUUUAUUGCGAGGAUGAGAACGGGAAAAAAGAAGAACACCAUUGUAUAGCGAAAUUAGUCCCGCCAAGUAGUUACAUACAAAAGAUUUUUAAAACGAAAAUUACUUUUAAAAAGGAAAUUAGAAUAUACGACACAAUAAUUCCGUUGUUACGUUCUUUCGGUGAAGAGCACGGCGUAAAAAAUCUUCUCCCAUUUUUUGGGAAAUACAUCGGAUCAAGAAUAUCAUUAAACCCAAAAUCUGUUGAUGUGGAUAAUGAUGCGGCUUUAAUUUUAAGGAAUCUUAGUUAUGAUGGUUACGUUGUUUGCGAUAGAUUCAUCGGGUUUAAUAAAGAAACCAUGGAAUUGUUGCUAAAAGAUUUAGCGACUAUGCAUGCAACUACAAUCGGUUAUAAAUUACAAAAACCAGAAGAAUUUAAUCAAAAAAUCUUACCCCAUUUUUUUGGAACUAUGGAUUGGGAUUAUAAUGAUAUAACCAUAGAGAAAUAUCAAGAUCAAUAUGGUGCAGUUUUAGAAAAAGAUCCUGAUUGUUCCCAUUUACGCCAAAAAGUUUUACAUUCCAUGAACAAAGCUGGUUGUUAUUAUGGUUCUAAACCACGCGAACCCUUCGCUACAAUGAUCCAUCAAGAUUUAUGGGUCAACAAUAUGAUGUUGAAAUUCAUUGAUGGGAAACCAAUUUCCAGCAAAUUCAUCGAUUUCCAAAUAAUGGCUUAUGGUAAUCCAGCAUGUGAUGUUCUAUUUUUAAUUUAUACAAGUGCCCAAAUAGAUUUAUUACACUUAGUGGAUGAUUUCGUCAAAAUUUAUUUCGACCACUUUAUUACAAUCCUCAAAAAUUUACAUUGCGAUAUCACCAACUUUACUUUUGAAGCUUUCCAAAACGAGAUGUACAUCGCAGCAACCGAUUUUACCUUCGUUCAUAUUUUAUACAUGUUGGCAAUUACUAACACUUUAACGGGAAAAGCUAAAGACAUCACUGAAAUGACUGGGCAUGAAGACUGCGUUGUACCCAACGAGAAUUUGCACGAACUUUUUUAUCGGAGACUUCUUGUUGUUGUUAAGGAGUUUGGAAGGAAAGGAUGGAUUCCAUAGCCGUUUUAUUUUUAUUAUUGAAUUUAUUAAUUUUAAAUAAAUCAUUUAAACAAUAUUA